GAAGCCCGAUAUGUCUCCAGUCCCCUAGCAAUGCUAACAGCUGCUUGCAACAAGUUUGGAGGUUCAAGUCCUAUUAGGGAUCCUCCAUCAUUAGCGAAAUCUGGACCAAAAAAGUCUUACAGUCCUACAAACGACUUUAGUGCCACUAAACUGAUGGGGGACGGAUACUCCUCUUCAUACUUGGGAGGAAGUAAUUUAAUGACGCAGUGUGGAACACCUCCUGCUCCUUCAAGUUAUGGUAGUGACUACACUUCUUUUUCCCAUUCCUUUCCUUCUUCAGGGUGCCAGGAGCCCAAGAGUCUUUCAACAGCUGAGUGUGUUCCAGGAGUGUACACCUCUCUAGAUGUAGGCCAUCCUUACAGCUCAUGGUACAAAACCGGAAUCCAUCAUCCAGGAAUCUCUGGUUCACCCACUGGAACAGGAGGCUCUUGGUGGGAUAUGCACCCUAAUAGCAACUGGCUAGGCAACCAGCCACAGCCAGAUGGGUUAACUGCAUCUAUGCCACCCGUGACAAGCCCAGCAGGUAUGAGUAACCAGUACACUGCUGAGUACACCACACUGACACCUGCCACAUACCAACCAGUAGGAUUUCCAUCCAUAUCACCUUCAUCUAGUCCUUCACCAUCGGCUCAUAUUCUAUCACCAUCUCAGCACUCACUGGGGCCAGAUAUGUACAAGCCAAAACUUCUUACUGCUAGUCCAUUGCUUGAGGGUCCAGGGCCUCUAAAGCCUCAAAGAGCAUAUGGAAAUAGUGGACGUCCAUCCUGUGACUGCCCAAAUUGCCAGGAACUAGAGAGGUUAGGAGCUUCUGCAGCAGGGCUGAAGAGGAAACCUGUACAUAGCUGUCAUAUUCCAGGCUGUGGUAAGGUCUAUGGCAAAGCAUCUCAUCUCAAGGCUCACCUUCGUUGGCAUACAGGAGAAAGACCCUUUGUCUGCAACUGGCUAUUCUGUGGCAAGCGCUUCACACGCAGUGAUGAACUUGAGCGACAUGUGCGCACCCACACUCGUGAGAAAAAGUUCACAUGUCCUCUCUGUGCAAAAAGAUUUACACGCAGUGAUCACCUGAGCAAGCACCAGCGAAGUCAUGCUGAGCAAAAUGGAACAAAGGAAGGCAGUAUUCAGGGUGAUGGUGGUGGAGGAGCUGUGGAAGGACCAGGAGAAGAAGGUCCUGGGGCAACAGAAGGAUCCCCUGUAGGUUCUAGCCAAGACAGAUCAUCUACUAGUCCUGGGCAGGGAGGUUUGUUGGAGAUAUGA